AUGUCAGAAACAAAUAUUAGGAAGAGAAAUACACGUCAUGGGGGGAACAGAAAAACCGAUAAUAACACUAUAGUGGACGAAAAUGGAUUGAGAUACAAUAAAGAAGAUCAGUUGGAUAAAACGAGGGUGCUGAAGACUGCCUUCAUAACCAUACUUAUGACGGUAUUUAUAGGAUAUUUUGUUAUUGAGAUCUUCAACUUGUUAUGGGACCUUUUAGUGAAUUAUUUUUUGCUUCAUCAAGAAACUGAUGGCAUGUCUUAUGUUAAAAGAGGUAUCGUGUUGUUUGCAAAGGGACUAAUAGCAGCGUACAUCAUAGUUUUUUUGAAUAAAAAACUCCUUUUGGUUUAUAAUGAUGAAGAAGAACUUUCGAAAUACAACUAA